AUGGACGCCUUCAACACAUGGGUGCGCAAGCGCAUGAGCUCUCGUGGAUCCUCCGAGGCCGUUCUCUUCGAUAUCUCUCAGUACAACAACAACCACGUUCAAACUCUGAACACCUGGCAAGCGUUCUGCAACGACACAACCGUCUGGCAGCGCAACGACAAAGGCCGCUACUACCCCUUGGAGUGCGAUGACCCAACCACCUGCAAACUCGCCCGUCAAGCCGCCGACCAACGUAACGCCAAAUCAAACGCAGAAGACAAGCUCGGUGAGCACACAGAUGCUCUCGUAGAGCUGAUGCGGUACAACGGAGAGAUUGAAGAGCAGCAGGAAGAGAUCAAGAAGAACGCAGAGGAGUGGGAGAUCAAGAAUGCCAGAAAAGAGGCUGCUCAGAAAGGUCUCGUUACCAAGAGAAGAAACAAGGAGCGAAGAGACGAGCAGAAGCGCCUGACAGAACACAUCUGUGCAGAGCUUGAGGGUCUCAAGGGCCAAGACGAGCAGAAGAAUGAACUUCUUGCUGGGCUUCAGAGAGAUGUGCUCAGGGGCAGCAAGGACCUCGAUGAGAAGAACAAAGAACGCUCCGAGCGCAUCCAGCAAGAGAUUCUCGACAUGACGAGGAUGAGCAGAAUGAGGAGGGAGAACAGGGAGAAGCCAAGCGUCAGAAGACAGGUUGACAAGAACACAGACAUCGCGACAAUGAACACACCCGAACCAACGCCAAUGAAGCCUCACUUCACCCGUCAGAUCGAGGAAAUCAAGUCCCGAGCCCAGGCGCCCUCAAAAACAUAUGGCUCUUUUCGCGCCGAGGAGUAUGAGGAUCAUCUCACUUAUCUUCGAGCUCGCAGAGUCUAUCUGCACAGCAACGACAGUGUCAACUAUGAAUCAGCCAACGAGGUGUGGAAGAAGGAUGGUCAUCCUGCGGUCGAAGCCUUCAUCGAGUACAACAAAUCUUCGCCCGAGAUCUUCAUGUUGAAGAGUGUGACCAAGCAUCUGCACAACGGAGAGACAGCGCUGGAAGAUGCGCUACAAACAGUUUCUCGCUCAUACCAAGCUCCUUUCUGGUGGGAAGAUGGAGAUCAUCAUCAACUCAGACCCUCCGAACUUUCGUCCGCCAUGGACAAAGAUCUCACUGAGUUUGCCAAUGAGUUUAUGGAAUCUUAUGGCUUUCAUGAUGGACCUCAAAACGCAAAGACUUUUGUCGAAUACCUGAACGGCUGGCAGACUUUGUGGAACUCGACCACGAUUUGGCAAAGUAACAAUAACCCGAAUCUCGUCGAACACUAUGCCAUCGAACGAGAGACCCCUGCAGAAUACAAUUCCGCCCGUCAAACCGCCAACGAAAGCGCCCCGAAAGACCUGCCCGAGGAGGAAGACGAAUGUCACGAGAAAAUCAUGUCUUCUCUGGUCAAGAUGAUACGCUACAACGAAGUCUUGAAGCAGCGCAAGACAGACUCGGAAAGACGUGAUGCAGCUCUCAGAAGUUUCGCAGCAAAGAAGAAGGUGAAGGAGAAGAUUGCAAAGAAGAACCAGAUGGUUAGCCGCAUCUGCGAUGCCCUCGAUAACCUCAAGGACCUCGAUGAGAAGAACAAAAAAAGCUUUGAGCGCAUCCAGCAAGAGAUUCUCGACAUCACAUCCGAGGAUGAGCAGAAUGAGGACGGAAGACAGGGAGGAGCCAAGCGCCAGAAGCAAGUGUGAUCGAAGCGUCAGUCCAGACUACGAGCCAGAGUCAGGAGUCGGACACGCAACUCCAGUCCGCAGAAAUCCAAAGAGAAAGGCCAGAAGCUCGCGUGCUACGUAUCAGCAGUGAGAUGAGUUCUCGAAGUUUGAGAUGAGAGGGAGGAAAAACGACGUGGUCAGCAGAAAGGGAAAGCUGUAUGUUUUGGCGAAUGAGAAUCAAAAGAGCGUGUACUGGAAGCGACAAAAACUGGGCUUUGUUGUUUAGGGAUGGAAGUCUCGGUCGGGAGAAGGAAGGCGAAGCGGGAGAGAGGGUCAGAUGACUAAUAAUAACGAGGAAGGUGGAGCAAUAAGGCUGUCCGGACGUGACUGCC